CGUUUGGAUAUUGGUAGACAUCCUGUAUGUACAAGUCAAAGAGGGCUUUCUGUAUGUCUAAGAAAUCCGGUUGUAUGCGCCUGGAACACUACCUAUAUUAUCUGCCUAUUCAGCAUUCACCGUACCACAAUGAUCUAGAUAUCAGGUCCUGGAUACCCCUCCAUCAUGGCUAUAUCUACCAGCUCUGUCCUCUCAGCUUAUACACGACCAACUCUGUUUUUGUCCCCUUCUUUCACUUCAGACACUGAGAAGCGUUCCGGAAAGCCCACCAAAAUGAGACGCGAGAAAUCCGUUCCCUAUGCCUGGUACUGGGAAGGCAGACCCCUUCGAGGAAACCAAAUCAGACCAGUCUAUACCGGUCCAGCUUCUUGUUCUUCCAGCACACUUGCUAGCUGUUGUCCCGACUACUCAUCAGCAGAAACGGUCCAACCCUGCUCAACAUCAACGUCCAAAGCCCAUGAAUGCCCCAAUCAUCAACACGUGGAGUCUGACUGCUGUUCCUCCGAGACGUGCUGCGAAAGUGCAGAGGCAGAGACAGACCCUUGUUGCUGCUCCCUGUGCUGCGAUAGUGACCACACUACCACCAGUUCAGAAACCUCGACCUGCACCCAGCCGUCAGAGUGUCCUUCAUCGUCGUCAUCCUCUGCAUCAACAUGCUCGACAGCAAGCAGCACCCCCUCGACAAUCCAUUACCACACACAUGCGUAUUUCCGUUACCCCAAUGACAACUGCCCGUCGCAGUCUUCGUACAUCUCGAACCUAUCUUGCACCUGCACGUCAUGCCAGACCUACUACUAUCCACUCGCGCCUGGGUCUACACCUGCACCCGCUACUCGUACAACCAAGCACCAGUGCCCCGACUUCCCACCACCUUCUCAAGUCCGACCCAAGAUGGGUCGCAAAACGGAUACAGACACCUGUUACCAGUACCAUCCCAGUAACUACUAUCCGCACUACCCGCACUACCCGCGUACGAAGGUUCGUGCACACUUUGAAGAGCCUUGUGAGGAUGCUUCCAGCACUGCGACCAUUUCAUCAGAGUGUAUGGAUUCUGUACAUGGGAAUUGUGAGGCGUAUGAGUGCUGUGGUUCGGCUUGGCGGUAUCGUGAUCAUCCGGCUUUUCGGAAGAGGUGUUAGUUUUUUUUGUUAUGGAAUGUGAGAAUUUUGAUUUGUUUGCUCUGGGUUAAAGUGAAAUGUAUCAAAGAAUGUCAACUUGCAAUGAUUAAAUCGAGUUCUCGUUUUCUUUGGGUAUCGUGACA